CUAACAGUCCAAGCUGCUGGGUUUGGUAAGAGUUUCUCUUCCCCGGUCUUUUUGACAUUCUCUCUGUCAUUUCAAGAAUGUCUUGCCACAGGGUUGAAGCUAAACCUUCCAUCAACAAGAAGCUGUUUCAAUCUUGUGAGUAUUUUCCUAUUCUCAGAGACAAUAGCAGUGAAGCUCUUGUUUCGACAAAUGGGACAUUUGCUUUUGGCUUCUUUAGUCCCUGGAAUUCUACGAACCGUUAUCUGGGAAUAUGGUUCAACAAUGUUCCUGAUCAAACAGUUGUUUGGGUGGCCAACAGGGACUCCCCUCUCACUGAUUUAUCUGGGGCAGUCACCUUGGUAGCAAACGGAAGCAUUGUCAUUUCUCAGAACUCAAUGAAGAACAUUGUCUUGUCUUCCAAUCCAUCCACAACCUCAAACAAUCCAAUCUUACAGCUCCUGAGCACAGGAAAUCUUGUUGUCAAAGAUAUUGGCAGAGAUGAUAUUUCAAACAACUAUAUCUGGCAGAGCUUUGAUUAUCCAUGUGAUACUUUGAUACCAGGCAUGAAGCUAGGAUGGGACCUAACAACUGGCCAGAAUUGGUUCUUGACUUCGUGGAAAAGUCUUCAAGAUCAAUCUGCAGGACUUUAUACCUAUAAAUUGGAUAUCAAGGGGCUUCCACAGGUACAUCUUCGCAGGGGAUCAGAUAUAGUAUAUCGAAGCGGGCCAUGGGAUGGUGUCAUGUGGGAUGGUCUCAGGUUGGGAGGGGGUCUUCAAAUGAAAGGUUUCCAGAUAUUCAAGUCUAUAUUCAUCUAUAACUCAAAUUACAUAUACUUUAGCUUUGACAACAGCGAUAAUAAUAUGAUAUCACGGUUCCUUGUUGACAGCUCUGGCGUGCUUAAUUACUUCACAUGGAACCAAAAAUCCAAUGAGUGGUUUCUAAUGUUCUCUUUGCAGAAAGAUCUUUGUGAUGCAUAUUCAAGAUGUGGUCCAAAUGGUAUUUGUAAUGAAAACCAGGUGCCCAUUUGCCAUUGCCCAACUGGGUUUGUGCCAAAGGUGACAGAGGAAUGGUAUUCAAUGGAUUGGUCCAGCGGAUGUGUGCCAAGAAAACCACUGAAUUGUAGCACAAAUGAGGGAUUUAUGAGGUUUCCAAACUUGAAGUUGCCAGAUAAUUCAUAUGCUAUGCAGUCUAUUACAACUAAUCAGGAGAACUGUGCAGAUGCUUGUCUGAGGAACUGCUCAUGUGUUGCUUAUGCCACAACUGAACUUAUUGAUUGCGUGAUGUGGUUUGGGGACUUGUUGGAUGUUAGAGAAUUCAAUGACGGAGGGGAUGAACUGUAUGUUCGGAUGGCUGCUUCUGAACUUGAAAGCAGUGCAAUGGACAAAGUGACACUGAUCAUAUUCUGGGCCUCAACAAUUUUAGCGGUUCUUCUGUUGGUUUUAGUUGCCUUGUACGUUUUAUGGAAGAGGAAGUCUGGCAGAAAGAUAGACCAAUCUGUAGAAGAGGCAUGCCAUGAUGAUAAACCUGGCCUUGAAGACCUAGAGCUACCAUUAUUUGAUCGGAGUACUAUUGCAGCUGCGACAAAUGACUUUGCAUUUGCUAAUAAGGUUGGAGAAGGUGGUUUCGGCCCUGUUUACAAGGGCAAGCUCUCUACUGGUCAAGAAAUAGCAGUAAAGGUACUCUCCAAAGAUUCAGGACAAGGCCUUAAAGAAUUCAAGAAUGAAGUUAUCUUUAUUGCUAAGCUUCAGCAUCGAAAUCUUGUUAGGCUCUUGGGAUGUUAUAUUCACGCAGAAGAACAGAUGUUGGUCUACGAGUACAUGUCCAAAAGAAGUUUGGACUUAUAUAUUUUUGACUCACAGGAAGGUGCAUCCCUUGAUUGGCAGAAACGCUUUAACAUAGUGGUAGGCAUUGCUAGAGGACUUCUUUAUCUUCACAGAGAUUCAAGGUUGAGAAUCAUUCAUAGGGAUCUAAAAGCUAGCAACAUUCUCUUAGACAGUGAUUUGAAUCCAAAAAUAUCAGAUUUUGGCUUGGCAAGAAUGUUUGGAGGUGAUCAAACUGAAGCAAAAACGUGCCGGGUUAUGGGAACUUAUGGCUAUAUGUCCCCCGAGUAUGCAAUAGAUGGACAAUUUUCAGUCAAAUCUGAUGUCUUCAGCUUUGGUGUAUUGCUCCUAGAAAUCGUAAGUGGAAACAGGAACAGAGAAUUCUAUCAUCCUGAUCAUGACUUCAACCUUCUAGGACAUGCAUGGAUAUUAUGGAAUGAUGAACGGGCUAUUGAGCUGCUAAUGGAUCCUUUUAUGGCGAAUCCGAUUAACACAUCUGAAGUAUUGAAAUGUAUUCAAGUUGGCCUCUUGUGUGUGCAACAGUGCCCUGAAGAUAGGCCAACAAUGUCGUCUGUUGUUCUGAUGUUGGAUUGUGAGAAUCCUUUGCUGCCUCAGCCUAGAAAACCUGGUUAUUAUACAGAUAGGUGUCUUCUAUCGAAAAUGGAAAGCUAUUUUUCUGGAAAUGACUUGAGUAUAACAACAUUAAUGGGUCGAUAGAGAAGUCUUUCUUUCUCUGGAUGUUGCCAUUGUAAAGAAUCUGUUGAGUCUGAGUGACUUUUUCUUUACACCUGAAUCUGAAGAUUCUGAACGUGAGAGUGUUCCCGGAGGGUAAUAUUGUUACUGCAACAAGCCUCUAUACCUGUUGAAGAGGUGGCUCAUCUCGACAUCAAAGUUCAGGGCAUCCCUGAUGACUCUGAAGAUUAUAAAUCCCAUUUCGGCAAUUUCCUUAUCCAAACGUGUAAUAUUAUAUCAUGUCUGCUUUAUAUUUUGACAUUAGUUCUUGAUUUGUUGGAUAUAUUUAAAUCGUGCUUCUUAGUUGAUGUUAUGAAGAUUUUAUCCCUUUGUUUUAACUGUAUUGUUUCAUUUUU